AUGAUGAGCAACGGUCAUCUGCCGGCUGGGCGAGCUGCUCAAGGUGGAGGAGCAGUCGGCGCAAACGCUGUUGAUGCUCCGGUCCAUGACGACCGGGGUGGAGGCGGACCGGGUGGAGGAAUGGGUCCCGGCGGCGGCGGUGGUGGCGGUGCUCGCAAUGGCGGCGGACGGCGUGGACGGCAGUACGGCUCGCAUUACCAGAACCCCCGGCACAACCAGAACGGGUUUCACAACCAGAACAACCACCACAACCAGUACGGCCACCAGCUCGGGCAGCAACUGGGACAGCAGCUUGGACAGCCAAUGUACUCCAGCUACAUGGGUCCCUAUGUCAACAAUCCUUACGCCUAUGCCCCAAUCCCGCCGCAAUAUGCACAGAAUGGCGCAAUGCCAAACGGUUUUGUGCCCUUCCAGCAUGCCUAUGGCCGACCGAUGGCCGGAGGACCCGCCCAAUAUGCACCUCUGAUUCCGCCCGGUGCCUUGCCGAUGCCCCAGACGGCUGCUGUGCACCAACCGCCGCAUCCGUCUCUUCCUCCGCACCCGCAGCAUCUCCAGCACUCCCAGCAUCCACAACACCCAGUCCAACACCACAUACCACCACCGCCACAUCUAGAUGGUGUCCCUCAAGCACCUAAGGUGGCCAUCGACACUACAGCCGUGGGCUCUGAAGCAGCUUUUGCAGCUACGAUGGGCAUCGCUGCCGUCAUCGUGCCCACCGCAGCGUUUCGGCCCCCUCUUCCUUGGUUGUCCAGACCUGAUGUCCCAUUCCCUGCUAAGAGCCCAAAGCUGCGCAGGAGAAGGAAAACAAUGGGAGAUAACGUGGAGCUCCCACAGAACUCUUCCGAUACUACUGCAACGACGGUGGCUUCAACCCUGGAAGAGUCUGGCACGACAGAGCCCAUCACGCGGACGGAGACGCCUUCCACACAGGACAUUCCAUUUGAGGACGCGCCUUCCACCUCGCCGACAACGCCGAGCUCUGUUCAGCCCGCUGGACAGGUGCUUUCAUCUGUGACCCCAACGCCAACAAAGUCAACCAUUGUGAACCCGAAGUCCACCGGCAGCACAACGCGUACGGCUGUUCCUAUAAUCCCUGCCAUUCCUAUGCGGUCACCAUCCGAUAAGGCUUCCGCCACAGAAACAACGGAAGUUGCUAUGGCGGUACCUGUGUCGUCGGCUGAAAAUGGACAGAAGGCCAGCACUUCUGAGGAGCAAUUGGAAUCGGUGAAACCGUCUGCGGAACCUACCACAACCACUCCCUCGGUGCCACAGGGACCGAAACUUUGGUCGGGCUUGUUCAACAGAGCAGCGGCCGCGGCCGCAGCCAGCGCACAGGCUGUAUCGAACGACUCAGCUGCUGGGGGUGACCAAGCCGCAAAUGGCGCCAAUAGCACCGGCGCAUUCUCCAAGGCCAAGGCGAACUCUUUGGCAGAGGCUCUAGUCGCGUACCGCGUUGAUACCUCGAGCAGCGUAGCAUUUAUUGAACCGCGUGGCCUGAUCAACACUGGAAACAUGUGUUACAUGAAUUCGGUUCUUCAAGUGCUUAUUUUUUGUACCCCGUUUUACGAUUUUCUGGACCAAAACGACGAUUUGGAACGUUAUGGUGAUGCGUUUACUCCCGAGUUUGUGUACGAGGCGAUCAAGCAACUAUCUCGCUUCGAGAGCAUGAGACGUGGCCACCAGCAGGAUGCAGAGGAAUUCCUUGGCUUUCUACUGGAGUGUCUGAACGAGGAGUGCACAAAAGUGGUACAGGAUUCGUCUCGUGCUACAAACCCUUCAUCGACACAAGUGACGACACCGACUGCCUCUGUCACGUCUGAAAUCCCUGACCUUUCUGGCGGCGACGGUUGGCUCGAGGUUGGCCCGCGCCAACGUGCAGCCAUCACUCGCUCCUCGGGCCACACGUCUAGCUCACCAGUCAAUAGCAUAUUUAGUGGCAAACUGCGGUCCGAGUUACGUGUGCCUGGACUGAAAGACUCCGUGACCCUGGAGCCAUACCAGUCUCUGCAGCUUGACAUCGACUCACCCCAGGUACGAAACAUCUUGGAUGCCCUGCGUGGCCUCACAAAGCCUGAAGUUCUAAAUGGCGACUUUGGCUCUCCGCAUGGCAAAGAUGUGUCUGUGACGAAGCAGGUGUUUAUUGAGACUCUCCCACCGGUUCUCAUUCUUCACCUGAAGCGGUUCCAAUUUGACUGGCAGGGCAAUGGGACUGUGAAAAUCUGGAAGAAGAUUGGCUAUCCUCUGGAGCUGGAAAUUCCACGCGAGAUCUUUGGCCGCCAGAAACGCAACAAGCUUCUCACGGAACGUCUUCCCAAGUACCGGUUGAAUGCGGUGGUGUACCACCACGGGAAACAAGCUAGCGGUGGCCAUUACACUGUCGACGUGCUCCGUGAGGAUGGACGUGAGUGGAUUCGUCUCGACGACACUGUGAUUCGUCGCAUUCGCAGCGAGGAUGUGGCCGAGUCGGGUGCUGAAGAGGCAGUUUCCGGACGCACGGAAUCGAAUGUGGUGAACGGCAAUGGCACGAAGAACGAGGCGGCCUCCUCUGUGGUGGGCAACGGCGUGGGGUCUGCGAACCGAUUCGCUGGGAUGGGAGAUGAAGACGCUGGUGACAACGAAAAUGGCUGGCGGCAGGUGACGGCACCUGUGAACGGUGCCAACAAAAAAUGGAGCAGCGUGGCCAACGGCUCUUCGAGCCCGGUCAACCAGGCCAAGCAACACAAGGACAGCAUCAAAGACAAUAAGGUUGCGUAUCUGCUGUUUUAUCAGCGCGUGAACUAG